UGCGAUGAGCCAUUAUCCGCUGGUGACAUUGUGGUCUUUGCUCAACGUGUCGGCUCGCAGAUUUGCUGGCAUCCUGGUUGUUUCGUUUGUUGCGUUUGCAAGGAAUUGCUUGUGGAUUUGAUUUACUUUCAUCGUGAUGGCAAUCUCUAUUGUGGCAGACAUCACGCCGAGACGCAAAAGCCGCGCUGCUCAGCUUGCGACGAGAUUAUCUUCUCGGAUGAAUGCACCGAAGCGGAAGGUCGCACCUGGCACAUGAAACACUUCGCCUGCUUCGAAUGCGAGCAUCAGCUUGGCGGGCAGCGUUACAUCAUGCGUGACGGCAAGCCCUACUGCCUCAGCUGCUUCGAUACUAUGUUCGCGGAAUAUUGUGACUAUUGCGGCGAAGUGAUCGGCGUCGAUCAGGGACAGAUGAGCCAUGAUGGACAGCAUUGGCAUGCCACAGAUCAGUGCUUCUCGUGUUGCACCUGCCGCUGUUCGCUGCUGGGCAGACCGUUUCUUCCGCGACGCGGCACAAUUUACUGUUCGAUCGCUUGCAGCAAGGGUGAGCCGCCCACACCAUCCGACACCAGUUCGGGACCACAGCUCCGGCCGACACAUCGUGCCAGUACAACGAGUCAAAUUGCGCGUUCACCGCGACUUGGCGCGAGGCAUAAGGCUAACGGCAGUGGAGCUGGAUGUAGCAAUGGUAAGAGUGCCGGUAGUGCAGGUGAUUUGUUGGAAAGGCAGACGCGCCAGCGAAUGGAGGUGGGCAUUGAUAGGCUGAUGAUCGUGGGCAAGUUGGCUGCGGGCUGUAAUGGCAGUAUACCACCGCUGCCUGGUGUACCACGACCGGCGCAUCCGCCGCCAAUUGAUCUCACCGAGCUGGGCAUUAGCUUGGAUAAUAUCUGCGAAGGCGAUAAAUCGGCCUUUGGUGACCCAAGCAACCUCGCGGCAUCAUUGCCGGAUAUGCUGAUGUCGAAAGGCGAGGACUCUCAUAGCUAUCAGAGCAUCGAUAAGAUCAAUAUUAAUUCGCCAAGUGCAUCGGAACUCACGCAAAGCACGCAAGAGAUCACCAACGAACUGGAACUUGAAAACGAUAACGAAAACUGCGAGCUGCCGCAUGACAACUAUGAAUUACUGUCGAAUGCCAAACGUGCACGCAACAAAUCCGAUGUAGAUGAUGAGGACGAUGAAGAUGAUGAGGAUGAAGACCACAGUGAUGCACAUGGCAAUGAAAAUAAUGCACGCUCACACCUCAAAGAGGUGCGCUUUCACAGCGGGCACGACACAAUGUCCCGUUCGAAGAGCUAUACGGACAGCACAAAUGCGCGGCGACGACGCCGAAGACGAAAUCAAUCGCGAAGCUCCUCGGAAAUGCAAAUCAAUCAGACAAACCUCCGCCUACACAAUGCGCAAACGCAUGCGGCGGGCGUGCACAGAAAACUCGAUAACUGCGAUGCGGCCAGUGCAUGCUCUACCUGUUCGUCUAGCUCGUCCAGCGAUAUGGAUGACUAUUUAUAUCGAAUACCAGCGCGUCGACACUAUGGCGGUGUACGUGUGUCCUAUGUGCCGAACGAUGCGAUAGCUUACGAGCGCAAGCGCAAACAGGUAGCCAGUGAGCAGCACUUGGGCAGCGGCAUUGGAGGGGGAGGUGGCGCAUCAUUGAUUGGCGGUUUAGCCGCGACAAUGACGGCGUCGACCAGUGGCGCAACAAGUGGUGGGGAGACGAAAAGCUGCACUAUAUCAUGACAGCCUCCAGUUUUGCCGCCGCCACCGUUCAGUCUUGGGAGUUACUAUAUAUUAGAUACGAUACUAGAGGAGCAACGCUUGGUGGUAGAAGAGAAGCGGCCGGGUUGCUUACGACGGGUUUGGCGCAUGCUCACUUCAGGUGGCAAGGGUAAGAAGAUAGCAGAAGAGAUGCAGAGUUUGUGAGGGAAAAGCGGAUUUGUUAUUGAAGUUACGCGAGAAUAAAAAAUCAUUGGGUAUAGUAUAAAGCUUCAAACCACCAAUCGGCAGCCCACUCAUGAAUUUUGUAUGUAAAUUUGUAUCCUGGAUUCACUUAGGGUUGUAUAAAAAUCUAUCCAUCAGAGAGCAUUUGCUCUGUAUAUAUGUAUGUAUAUAUUUCAGAAGAACUGAAGAACUUCCAUAUCGUAGUUUUAGCUGUAAAGCAGAAUCGAAAAAAAACAUAUAUAACGAAACUUUGUACAAAAAAAUAUAUCCAUAUACACCCAUAUAGUAUAUACUAGUGUACUUAUAUAUAUAUGUACAUAUAUACGAAAAUAUUUGACUAAGGGUUUAAAAGGUAAUUGCAUUUUAUGGUAAUGUCUAAGUCUCUUACAAUUAUAAUGUUCUUACACA